CAACAACUCCCUGAUGUCAAUAUUGAUUAGCCAUAGUUCUCUUCUAACCUACUAUAAUUUAUCAUAUAAUUUCACCUUCACUGACAGGUGAAGAAUGUGCUAACAAGUUAUCCAUAAGAUCCUCACUUUUUUAUUAUCUUAGUCCUCCCUAUUAUAGCCCAUUUCUUGUCUGGGUCUUUCUUAUCCAUCUUUUCUGAGGUGUUGUCAAGUUUUUAAAUUGUUCUUUUUUUAGCAAUGAUCCACAUACUUUCAAAAUUCUGUUACAUCUCACCUUUAGAGAAAAUCAAAAGAUAAUCAAGCAAAAUUUGCUCCAAGUGUAGGGGGUUUUGUGAAGGCAAAGGAUAUCACGUGCUUUCUACUGCAUAUUGCAUAAGAGAUAAGUAUUCACUUACUAAGCAUAUCAUGGAAUCUUCUCAAAGAUGCUCGCAUCCAACACUGCCUUCUUCAUCUUCAUUACUUCAACCAUACACUAGGUAACCUUUCACAGCCACGCACCCUUUUUGCGUAUUCUUUCGGAUGAAUCCAUUGACCAAAAUACUUGCCUGUCUAUUACAUACAUACUGACAGUUCCUCUUGUCCCCCCCAAAAAUAAGACCACAUUUAUCUAGCAACAUUUGUCAAAGUUGCUACAAACGGCCUAAAAACGAAGCCGACGAGAUCUCAUAACAACUACACAUAAAAGCUGAUAUGGGCGGGGAAAACCUACACCACAUCAACUCGCUCGCCGAGCUGCAGUCGCUAUUCGCGUCAACCACAUACGUAGCCGUUGACUUCUACGCGGACUGGUGCGGGCCGUGCAAGGUCAUCGCGCCGCAUUACGAAUCGCUUGCCAAGCAGCACGGCGCCCCGGGGUUCCUUGCUUUCGCCAAGGUGAACGUGGACACCGCUCAGGAUGCCGCGCGCGCGUUCGGUGUUACCGCCAUGCCGACCUUUCUCUUCUUCAAGGAGGGCCGCCAAGUCGCUGUAAACGGACAGGCUGCGAUUCGUGGCGCCGACCCUCGCGCUCUCGCUGCAGCUGCCGAGAAGCUGGGUGGCUUGGCGAAGAAGCGCAUGGCGGAAUCUUAAAGGCUGAGGUGUAUUCGGGAUGAGAUAGCAUUGUAGGAAGGAUAGGGCUGGACAGUGAUGAGGUAUUUACCCGGUCGAAUAGACUCGCCAGGCGAGAAUGUUGACUAAUACUUCAACUAGAUACGGGCGUUAUAGGGUUAUAGUUCAAUAAAGAGCGCAUCGCAUUGAUCAU